ACUUGUGUUGGUGACAUUUGAAGAAUAUUUGGAGCCAAAUUUCAGUCCCACUCACGCCAUACCAAGCUCUACUGAGCACAAACUCAAGCAUUCGAAAGAGAAGAAAUCGAUAGCAUAUACCUCUUUCAACCAACUCUAUAUGGAGAUCGAAUUCCCAUGGAAAUAGUUAGAUGGAGCAAAGGAAGAGUAAAAGUUUGAUUGACAGCACUAGUGAUAUAUUCGCUAAUGGGAUUCAUUUUGCAGCGCCAAUUUCCUCCUUGAGGACGAGUGAGCUUGAUCUGGUACGCGGUGUAUUACAGAUGUUGCAAGGAUUUUCCGGUUCACUUUUUAGUUGGGAUUGUAGUGGGAAGAAAUUUUGUGCUAAAAGUGGGAUAUAUGUUUCUCACCUCUCCCGGUCUAGCCUUCUUGCCAUUCUCAAUCAAUUUAUGUAUGCAGCGACUUGUCUUCAGUUGACACAGCUCGUAUUGCAAGAAGUUAAUACAGCUGCAAAGUCAGCUCCUCCUACUUUAAGGGCGUUUGUUACGUCUGUUUCUUCCUGGCUGAAGAGGCUGCGUGAUAUAGCACUGAAGGAGGAGAUUAAACUUAAUGAUGCUGGCUCUGGAACCACACCUACUUUAAUGGGUUUAGCUGGCUCUUUAUCGAGUCUUUGUUCAGGUGCUGAAUAUUUAUUACAAAUAGUCCACAAAGCCAUUCCCAAAGUAUUCUUUGAAGCCAGUGCUACAAUUGCCCCUGCUGAUUUGGCAGUUUAUGUGCUUGAUAACCUUUACAAGAAGCUUGACGAAGUGUGCUUGAUACAAAAUGGUCAGGUUGAGAGAACUGUUGUUGAAGAAACUUACCAAAUGCUGCUUCAUAUAUUUGUUGGAAGUUUAUUGCCUUAUAUUGAGGAACUUGAUUCCUGGGUUUUUGAAGGAAUACUUGAUGAUCCUUUUGAGGAGUUGUUUUUCUAUGCUAAUGAAGCAGUCUCGGUUGAUGAACAUGAUUUUUGGGAAAAGAGUUAUUCUUUAAGAUCACUAAGGUUGGAUGGCGAGAUCAAUUUAUCAAUAAAAAAGGAAACAAGCGAAAGAGAAUCCAUCUCUUUGUCUCAUUUGGUGAAGGGAAAAGACCAGUACACUGGAGGCUCUAUAGCAAUCCCCCUGUUCAUGAAGGACAUAGCUAAGUCAAUAGUUGCUGCUGGAAAGUCUUUGCAGCUCAUUCGUCAUGUUUGUGAAACUUCUCCUGCAUCAGAAAAACAAAAUGGUGAAGAGUUUAGUGGUAGUGGUGAUUUUGGAGGAAGUUUGGCGAGGCUAUCUUUGUCGGAGCUUUUUUGUGUGUCAUUGGCAGCUCUAAUUGGUGAUGGUGAUCGCAUAUCUAGGUACUUCUGGAAACAUGACCAAUAUAAAAUUGAGACUGUUUCCUCCUUCAAGACCCGCACAAAUUGUUCUGAAGUAGAAAAAGGCAUUGAUGGGUCAACAUGUAAAAGGAAACAUUGGUUUAGUUUACUGGUAGAUGCAUUGCCGCCGAAAGGAAGUGUCAGUUUGAAGUCUGGACACAAGGAUGUGAAUAAGCCCGUUGGUGAAGGAGAAAAUUAUAGGACACUUGAUAUAAAAAAUUGUUUAUGCUCCUUGGAAUCAUUCCACCCUGAAAAUCCAGUUAUGACUGUGUGCACCGCAAUCCUGAAAGAUAACAUAAAUGUUUGGAAAAGAUUGAACCUGUCUAGAUGUUACAACUUGCCCCCAUUAAACGAUGAGAGUUUAUUGAAGGCAAUAUUAGGUGAUGAGGACACACCCUUUUCUGAAACAAAAGGGACAGAUUUUACUUUUGGUUUUCAGUUUGAUAAAUCCGAACAUGUUCAUUUGCAAAAAGAAGCAAAGCUGAUUGAGACAUUGUUUCCUUUUCCCACACUUCUCCCUGCAUUUCAGGAUGAUCUCCGUAUUUCAGAUCUCUUGCCCUUCCAGAAGAAUAGCACUCUUCCUUCAAGGAUUCUAAGCUGGAUGCAAAAUAUCAUGCCUAGGACAAUGCCACUUACGAUGAUCAUUAUGGAAGAAUGUCUUAUUGUAUAUCUGAGACAGCAGGUGGAUUACAUUGGCAAACGUGUUUUAUCAAAGUUAAUGAAUGAAUGGAGAUUGAUGGAUGAGCUAGCAGUCUUACGUGCUAUUUAUUUGCUAGGAUCAGGGGAUCUGCUGCAGCACUUUUUGACUGUAAUUUUCAAUAAACUGGACAAGGGAGAAACGUGGGAUGAUGAUUUUGAGUUGAAUACUAUAUUACAGGAAUCUAUAAGAAACUCUGCCGUUGGUAUGCUAUUAAGUUCUCCUGAAUCUCUGGUGGUGUCUAUUGUCAAAACUAAUUCUUUGGAUGGGGACGAGCAAUCUAAUUUAGCGAAACUACCCUCAACCCCGCAUAAAAGCUCUGCACAUUUCCUUGGAAUGGAUGGACUUGAUUCACUUAAAUUUACAUACAAGGUAUCUUGGCCACUUGAGCUUAUUGCCAACACCGAGGCAAUUAAAAAGUAUAACCAGGUGACAGGGUUUUUAUUAAAGGUUAAGCGUGCCAAGUUUGUGCUUGACAAAACUAGGCGUUGGAUGUGGAAGGGUAAAGGAACUCCUAAAAAUAAUAGUAAGCGCCACUGGCUGGUGGAGCAGAAACUCCUCCAUUUUGUGGAUGCCUUUCACCAAUAUGUCAUGGACAGAGUCUAUCAUAGUGCAUGGCGUGAACUCUGUGAAGGUAUGGCUGCUGCACAAUCUUUGGACGGAGUUAUUGAAGUGCAUGAAGCAUACUUGCUGACGAUUCAUAGACAGUGCUUUGUGGUUCCAGAUAAGCUGUGGGCUCUUAUUGCUAGCCGAAUCAAUGUUAUUCUUGGGUUGGCCCUAGAUUUUUACUCCGUGCAGCAGACAUUGAGUAGCGGUGGAGCAGUGUCUGCAAUUAAGCUUCGGUGUGAAAUGGAGGUCGAUCGUAUAGAGAAACAAUUUGAUGACUGCAUUGCUUUCCUUCUCAGAGUCCUGUCAUUCAAGCUAAACGUGGGGCACUUCCCUCACUUGGCAGAUUUGGUUACAAGAAUAAACUAUAGCUACUUUUACAUGUCUGAUAGUGGGAACUUGAGAACUGCCCCAAGCUCUGAAACCGUUUCUUCCAGACUUGGAAAAUCAUUUAUGGGGAGAACAGAUUAACUUUUAUCCAUCUUUUUUGGUGUUUCUUCUCAAGGCUAGUUAAUCCAAGUGUUUUGAGUUCAUUGUUGGAAUUAGUCGAUGUUUCGAGUUAAUUAACAUAACCUUCUGUUUUCUGAUGGGACCAUCGUGUCAAGUAUUUCUGUGGAGAUUAUCUGUCAAAACACCUGGGCGCCUUCACUGCAAAUUGCUUCAUGGUACAGCUCUUCAACAACGGUGAGUUUCUUUGAAGUCACCACGUUCUGCCGAGUUUUUUCUUAACAAAGGUUCACUCCUUUGGCAUCUCAACAUGGGCAGAUCACUUUUCCAUGAAGGCUGGCGUUGUUAUGUACAAAAUUUAACCUAGUUUGAAGUGUUUGUUUUAGUCUCGAUGACUUGGCAAUGGAGUAAGAGUUUCCUCUUCCAUAAUCCAACAAAAGCAAGUUGCCGUGUAUCUCAUCUUCAAGAUCUAUUAUUACUUGUGAAAUUUAGAAUGGGCUGUAUGUAAAACUUCCUUUAGUGCCCAGAAUUUUCAUGGCUAAUCUUGCUUUGUUCAACCUAUGAAACAUCCGGAUGAAGCCUGGGAACAUGCUUCCUUGACCUUUAACCUUUUGCAUUUUCCUCUAGUCUUAACUUGUGAAGUACGUGUUCUUAUAGAGCCUUUUCUAAUCCAAGUUUUCUUUCUUUUCUUUUC